AUGGCAGAUCACCUUGUCCGGGUGUAUGGAACAGAAGAAGAUCGAGUGAACUGUCCGUUCUAUUUUAAGAUUGGCGCAUGCAGGCAUGGAGAUCGGUGCACUCGAAAGCACAACAGACCUACAUUUAGCCAGACUAUUCUCAUUCCUCACAUGUACCACAACCCUAAAGCUUCGGGAGUUACUGGAGAUCCCUCCCAAGCGCAGCAGCUCAUUCAACAACAAUUUGACGAGUUCUAUGAAGAGGUGUACCAGGAGCUUUCGCAAUCCUAUGGCCCGAUUGAAGAGCUCCAUGUGUGCGAUAAUCUGAACGACCACAUGAUAGGAAAUGUGUAUGUCAAGUUUGAGGACGAGGAGGAUGCAGAGAAAGCACUGAAAGGCUUGACGCAUCGAUACUACGCGGGUCGUCCGCUCGCUCCCGAAUACUCUCCAGUCACCGAUUUCCGUGAGGCGCGUUGCAGACAGCACGAAGAAGGCCAGUGCACGCGCGGAGGCUAUUGCAACUUCAUGCACUUAAUGACGCCUUCCCAGCCCGUCUUCUACCGCUGCUUCCCCAAAGGCCGCUGGGGCUACACGCGCUUCGAGCGCCUCCAUGACAAGGGUCCCCGCGGGGAUGGCCGUCGCAAUCCCCCGCCGGCGCGCGUGAUUCUCUCCGACGAGGACCGAAGCAGUCGAAGUCGCAGCCGAAGCCGAAGCCGAAGCCGAAGCCGAAGCUACAGUCGCAGUCGAAGCUACACCCGCAGCCGCAGUCGAAGUCGCCGAGAGCGAAGUCGCCGCGAUCGCAGUCGAAGCCGGAGUCGAAGCCGCCGAGAGCGCGACCGCGAUCGAAGCCGUGAACGCGAUCGAAGCCGAAGCCGCCGAGAACGACACCAUCGCGAUGAUCGAAGCCGUGACCGCGACAGAGAGCGAGAUCGAGACAGAGAUCGAAGCCGAAGCCGAAGCCGAAGCCGAAGCGGGAAUCGACGGGAGCGGAGCCGGCGCCGCGAGCGAAGCAGCUCGCCGCCCGCCUCGACGGAGAAGCCCGCUGCUAGUUAAGUAGAAGAC